GGGGGAGAUAACAGAGAUUAUUCAACUACUGACAAUUUUCCAUCACGUAUAAUGCAUGGUCUUUUCUUUCUUUUUUUCAAAAAAAAUAAUAAGAACUUGUAUCUAGCUACUUUUUCUUCUGAAUUCUAUGGUUGCAAGAAAAUUCACAAAUGCUAAGGCUAAAUUUUUAUGGCUCCAUAGUUUCUAGUCCGAUAGAAGUCAAUAGAAGCUGCCGCUCGUGGAUCAUUUUGUCGAACAAAGCAACGAUUGUAUGUCGGAGGAACAUUAGAGUUAAAGCCCUGAAAGAUGGGAUGAAUGGUGGCACCAACGGCAGUGGAUUAGGUGGUCGUAGUUGGGACCCUGGCUUGGAAAUUGAGGUGCCAUUUGAACAAAGGCCGGUGAAUGAGUACUCAUCUCUGAAAGAUGAAACUUUAUACUCUUGGGCGGAAUUGGGUCCAGGGGCCUUCUUCCUACGUCUCGGAGGACUUUGGUUAGUUACUUUUGCAGUUUUGGGAGUACCUAUUGCUGCUGCAAGCUUCAAUCCUUCAAAGGAUCCUUUAAGAUUUCUCCUGGCUGCAAGUACGGGGACUCUUUUUCUUGUUGCACUGAUUGUCCUAAGAAUUUAUCUGGGAUGGAGCUAUGUUGGAGAUAGGCUUUUAUCAGCAGUUAUACCUUAUGAAGAGACCGGAUGGUAUGAUGGACAGAUGUGGGUGAAGCCCCCUGAGAUCCUAGCUCGGGAUAGGCUGUUGGGCUCUUAUAAGGUGAAACCAGUCAUUAAAAUGCUGAAGCAAACGCUAGUUGGAACAGGGGCUUUACUAGUUGCAGCAGUCUCAUUAUUCAUAUUUGCAACACCAGUAGAAGAUUUUUUCCGCGAUACUUUCACAACAAAAGAAAACUCAUUGAGUUCCACCUCAACAAACAGCACAAAUAAACUAGGCAUCAGGAAAGAAGAACUGUUACGCUUGCCACUGGAAGUCAAGGAGGACGAUGAUCUGGCUAAAGCUGCUGCUGAAGCAGCUGAUGGAAGGCCAGUUUACUGCAGAGAUAGGUAUUAUCGUGCAUUGGCCGGUGGGCAGUACUGCAAAUGGGAAGACUUAGUUAAAUAAGACGAUUUAUAAGUGAAGAAAGCUACAGUUAAAUUCUGUGGUUGCUCAAAAGAUCUGUACAAUUGAGCCUCUUCUUAUAAUUUUAAAGAAGAAAUUUUGAUGUUUUACGCA